UUAAUUUGUAAUUGUGCCAAGUGGAUUGUUUGAUUUCUGCUUCGACGAGCAUUUCGGAGAUUUUCUCUCUCAGCCAUAUUUGCCUGCCUCUUCAAUUCGAGGGUUUUUUCAUUCUCAAUUGCCUGUCUUUCUUCAUUGAACCAUCGUUUGCUAAUCAGUUGCAGGGAUUUUGCACAAAGACGUAGUACUGCAUCAGUGCCGUCGUUGUAUGUGUAAUAGUUGGUAUAAACACCGGCUCCAUUUGUCCUGGAAUGCUUAUAUAUUUAAUAAUUUCAUGUUAGUGUCUGGUGGCAAAGGAAUUUGAUGAAUCACAGUGGUUCUCUGUAAAUGUCAUGUUUCAAUCUUUACUUGGAAGGCAGGAAGAAGUAGUGAAUUCGGUUCUGUUAUUUAUUGGUGGGGUUGUUUGUUGACUGUUGCUUUUAUCUGAUUUUCUGCCUGCUGGGUUAAGAUGAGUGUAGUGGGGUUGGAUAUUGGAAAUGAAAACUGUGUGAUUGCAGUAGUGAAGCAACGUGGUAUCGAUGUGUUGUUGAAUGAAGAGUCGCAACGUGAAACACCAUCUGUAGUCUGUUUUGGAGAGAAGCAGCGGUUUCUGGGUUCUGCUGGUGCGGCUUCUGCUAGUAUGAAUCCAAAAUCUACGGUAUCUGGUCUGAAGAGAUUGAUUGGUAGGAAUUUCAAGGAUCCUGAUGUUCAAAAUGAACUAAAGAUGUUACCAUUUGAAACUUCCGAAGGCCCUGAUGGUGGCAUUCUUAUUCACUUGAAAUACUUGGGCAAGGCACAGGUAUUUACACCAGUGCAGAUUUUGGGAAUGCUUUUUGCACAUGUGAAAGAAAUAGCAGAGAAAAAUCUAGAAGCGCCUGUUGUGGACUGUGUGAUUGGGAUUCCGUCAUACUUAACAGACUUGCAGAGACGUGCAUACUUGCAUGCUGCUGCAAUUGCUGGAUUGAAACCUUUGAGGCUGAUGCAUGACUGUACUGCAACAGCACUAAGUUACGGGAUUUACAAAACAGAUUUUUCUAAUGCAGGCCCAACCAAUGUAGCAUUUGUUGACAUUGGUCAAUGUGAUACUCAGGUCUGCAUUGCAUCAUUUAUUGCUGGCCAUAUGAGGAUACUCUCACAUGCUUUUGAUGCAAGCUUGGGAGGGAGAGACUUUGAUGAAGUCUUGUUUCGUUAUUUUGUGGCACAAUUCAAGGAGCAGUACAAUAUAGAUGUGUACUCUAAUGUCAGGGCAUGCGUGAGGUUAAGGGCAGCAUGUGAGAAGCUAAAAAAGGUUUUGAGUGCAAAUGCAGAGGCUCCUUUGAAUAUUGAGUGUUUGAUGGACGAGAAAGAUGUUAAAGGUUUUAUCAAGAGAGAGGAAUUUGAGAAGCUGGCUUCUGGAUUACUGGAGAGGAUUAGUAUUCCUUGCAAUAAAGCACUAGCUGAGGCACGAUUAACUGUGGAAAAGAUCCAUUCUGUUGAGCUUGUUGGUUCAGGGUCUAGGAUACCAGCUAUAACCAAAUUGUUGACUUCUUUAUUCAAAAGAGGACCUGGCCGAACUUUGAAUGCAAGUGAGUGUGUGGCACGUGGAUGUGCUCUUCAGUGUGCGAUGCUUAGUCCAGUUUUUCGAGUCAGAGAAUAUGAGGUUCAAGAUUCUAUUCCUUUCUCCAUAGGAAUCUCAUCAGAUGAUGCUCCAGUUUGCAAGGGGCCUGAUGGGAUACUGUUUCCUAGAGGUCAACCAUUUCCAAGUGUCAAAAUUCUAACAUUUCAGCGUAGUGGUUUGCUCCAUUUGGAAGUAUUCUAUGGUAAUCCAAAUGAACUUUCUAGUGGCAUAUCACAAAAGAUUAGUCGUUUCACAAUUGGUCCUUUCCAAUCCCAUAGCGAAAAGACAAGGACUAAAGUUAAGGUGCAGUUAAAUCUUCAUGGCAUUGUCGAUGUUGAGUCAGCUACUUUGAUAGAAGGUCAUGCUGAUGACUCUGUUGGAAGGGAAAAUGCUAAUGCAAGAAUGCAUAAAAUGGAGGCUGAGUCUGCUUCUGAUGAUUCAUCUAUGAUAGUUGAAAAUGCUAACGAGGAUAAUGCAUCUAUGCAGUCGAAAUUAUCUCAAGGCCCUCCUGCUAAUAUAAUAAAAGAACAAACUCCUGGGAGGCUUGAGCUACCAAUCAGUGAGAACAUCUAUGGUGGAAUGACCAAAGCAGAGCUUGCGGAAGCUAGAGAGAAAGAACGUCUGUUGGCCCAACAGGACCAAGCUAUGGAACAGACCAAAGAUAAAAGGAAUUCCUUAGAAUCUUAUGUCUAUGAGACACGGAACAAGCUUUUGAACACAUUGCGGAGCUUUGCAAGUGAUAGGGAGAGAGAAGGCAUCUCUAGGAGUCUACAAGAGACAGAGGACUGGCUUUAUGACGAUGGAGAUGAUGAGACUGAAAAUGCUUACACUUCAAAACUGGAAGAUCUUAAGAAGUUGGUGGAUCCCAUCGAGACCCGAUAUAAAGAUGAAGAAGGGAGAGCACAGGCUACGAAAUAUCUGUUGAACUGCAUUGUGGAUUAUCGGAUGUGUGUUGAUUCCUUCCCUGCCAAUGAUAGAGAAUUGAUUGUUACUGAGUGUAAUAAAGCAGAGCAAUGGCUUAGAGAGAAAAGUCAACAACAAGAUUUGUUGCCUAAAAACACUGAUCCGGUACUUUGGUCAAGUGAGAUUAAGAGCAGGGCAGAGGAGUUAAACAGGACAUGCAAGCACAUACUGCAAGACAAUGCUUCCCGUCCAAAUACAGAGGACAAGAAAGGAUCAGAUCACCAAGAAUAGGUUCUUGAGCAUUAAUACAAACUCAUUAGCAGAGGAAUCAAUUCACAACUUGUAAUUCACCAUCUUCCACAAUACUUUUUCGGAUCUUCUUAACCCCUAUACAGAGAAAAAGCUUGGUUUAGAUUCAGCUUCUUUUUUGCUCACAAAAAAAAAAAUCAUUCGGUUGCUUGUAGUGUUUUUCAAUAAUCUUAUGGGGUUGGCAUGUUGUAUGUACUGAAGAAAAUGAGCUAGCUGACCCCAUUAUUACCUGAAUUAUGCAGCAUCUCUUUUGAUUACUGAAGAAUGCAGUGGGAUUGAUGCAGUUCUCUUAAUAGACUUGGAGAGAUUGACAUAUAGUUCAUGCAA